GGAGCCAGUGACGGCGGCGGUGCCGGCUGAUCAGAGCACGGCUGUCGAGCUGUUGGCUGAGGCCUUUGAUGCUGUGAAAGAGGGUGAUGUGCCAUCCAUGAUCAUGUUCUACGCCCCGUGGUGUGGUCACUGCAAGGCUCUCAAGCCAGAAUGGGAGCGUUUUGCACAAGAGGCGGCCGUUAGUUAUGGAUCUCGCUUAACCGUUGGUCUCGUCGAUUGCACGCUCAACGGCAUCGUGUGCUCUGAGGAAGACAUUACUGCCUAUCCCAUGAUCAAAUUCUUUCCCGGCCAUGAUGCCGAUGGCCAGCGUUACCGUGGAAGCCGUCACGUAAAUGUACGCUGGCCACGUCUGCACUGCCAGGAAGCAGACUGAUUCAGGAGAUUUGUGCAGCAGGCACAAGUCCUGCAGCUGCACCCAGCUGAUGUCUUCAAACACUGUUGCGCGUUUUCACUCCUCCCACACCCUAGUCAUUCUUGAAGUUUGUCUCGGAAAUGAUGAGUGAACAGGCGGCCGAGCAACACGGACGCAACAAAUAUAAAGCAGGAAUGCGACACACCUCUGCCUCGGGUGCCCACGUCCAAACUGAUGGCAAAGCCGUCGAGUCUUUGACAGAUGACGACUUUGCCGUCAUCAUCGAGUCGGGGCUGAGCUUUGUCAAGUUUUUUGCACCUUGGUGUCAGCACUGUCGCGCCAUGGCCCCUGCCUGGCAGGUGGGCCAGCAUACAGGCUCGCGUGACAUCUUGACGUUGCGCGAGUAUGUGGCCAGCAUGCAAAUCGAGGCUCAGAGCACCCGACGUCGUCCCAGCCCACCGCUUCAACAACAAGUGCGAUCUCCCAAGGAGGCCACGCGGGACGCCAUUGUAGAGCCGCCCUUGACGGUGCAAGAGCGCACAGACCCCGACACGGUUCGUGAGCAGUCGCGCGCUUAA